UAACAGGAAACUCUGAGUACAUUGGAAUAUGCUCACAGAGCAAAGAACAUAAUGAAUAAACCUGAAGUUAAUCAAAAACUCACCAAAAAAGCUCUUAUUAAGGAGUAUACAGAAGAGAUAGAGCGUUUGAAGCGAGAUCUGGCAGCAGCUCGUGAGAAAAAUGGAGUGUACAUCUCUGAAGAAAGUUUUAGAGCCAUGAAUGGAAAAGUAACUGUUCAGGAGGAACAAAUUGUUGAGUUGGUUGAAAAGAUCGCCGCUCUUGAGGAGGAGCUCAGUAAGGCUACAGAGUUAUUUAUGGAUAGUAAGAACGAACUUGACCAGUGUAAAUCUGACCUGCAAACCAAGACCCAGGAACUUGAAACCACUCAGAAACAUUUGCAAGAAACAAAAUUACAACUUGUUAAAGAGGAAUAUGUCUCUUCAGCCUUGGAAAGAACCGAGAAGAAGCUUCAUGAAACGGCCAGCAAGUUGCUUAACACAGUUAAAGAAACCACCAGGGAUGUUUCUGGUCUACAUUCUAAACUGGACCGCAAGAGAGCAAUCGAUGAGCAUAAUGCUGAAGCUCAGGAGAGCUUUGGCAAAAACCUCAACAGUCUGUUUAAUAAUAUGGAAGAAUUAAUUAAGGAUGGCAGUGCGAAACAGAAGGCCAUGCUAGACGUUCAUAAGACACUGUUUGGUAACCUGAUGUCUUCUAGUGUCUCUGCAUUAGACAACAUUACCACAACAGCACUUGAAUCUCUCAUGUCUGUUCCAGACAAUGUGUCAGCUCGUGUUUCUCAGAUUUCUGAUAUGAUAUUGGAAGAGCAAUCGUUAGCAGCACAAAGUAAAAGUGUUCUGCAAGGAUUGAUUGAUGAACUUGUGACCGCUUUCACUUCCCUGAAGACCACCGUAACCCCUGGUGUGGUUUCCAUCUUGAACAUAAAUAGGCAACUACAGCAUAUUUUCAGGGCUUCAUCGACAGUGGCUGAAAAGGUACACAUCAAAAAAAGAGAAAUAGACAGUUUUCUCAGUAUUUUGUGUAACAAUUUACAUGAACUCUGAGAAAACACAGUUUCUUCCUUGGUUGAAUCACAAAAGCUUUGUGGAAACCUAACUGAAGACCUGAAGACAAUAAAGGAAACCCAUUCACAGGAACUUUGCCAGUUAAGCAGUAGUUGGGCAGAGAGAUUCUGUGCUUUGGAGNAGAAGUAUGAAAACAUCCAGAAACCACUGAACAGUAUUCAAGAAAAUACAGAGCGUACAGCCUUGACUUCCAAGAAACUCUGCCCCAGCGUCCCAGCUGCUGAAACCAUAGGCUCNGGGCUUCUUGAUAAAACAAUAAAAACUGGUUUAACAAANCUGAAUUGCUUUCUGCAACAGGAUCUGAAACUAGAUAUCCCAACAGGUAUGACACCAGAGAGGAAAAAAUAUUUAUAUCCAUCAACACUUGUGAGAAAUGAGCCAUGAGAGCAGCUCCUUGAUCAGCUGCAAAAGAAACAGCCACUAAUGAUGCCAAACAGCUCAGAAACCAGCAAGGAGACCAGUCAGGACAUGGAUGAAGAGAGCGAGGUUCUGGAGCAGUGUACUGAGGAACUUGUAAGUCAAGAGACAAGUGUACAUACCAGUGCGGAUUGCUCUUCCAGCGGAGGUGUUCCAUUUUUCCAGCAUAAAAAGCCACAUGGAAAAGACAAAGAGAACAGAGGCCUUAACCCGGUGGAGAAGGCUAAAGUGGAAGAGGCCUCGGAUCUCUCCAUCUCCAAGAGCAGACUGCCACUGCGUGCCUCCAUAAACCUCUAG